AUGAAGCUCUCUGCCUAUGUUUGCGCCGCUGUCCUGGCCACGGCCGGACAAGCUGCCAAGGACAAGCCAGUCUACAAGGACGCCAAAGCUUCUGUCGACGACAGGGUCUCGGACCUCCUCAAGCGCAUGACUAUCCAGGACAAGGCAGCUCAGUUAAUCCAAGGUGACAUGACCAACUAUCUAAACCUGACUACCGAAGCUGUCAACAAGACUGGCUUGGAAUGGAAUUUCAAGUACCGUGCCAAUUCCAUCUGGACCGGGUUGUACGCGAACAUGACUACUAUCAAGAAAGCUGCCAAGGUGGGACAGGACUAUCUCAUGAAGGAGACUGAGCUUGGAAUCCCUGCCUUUAUCCAAAGCGAAGGUCUCCACGGAGUCUUGAUCCUUAAUGGAACCAUUUUCAACUCCCCUAUAGGCAUGGGAUGCUCCUUCAACCCGGAACUCAUAGAAAAGAUGGCCGAUAUUAUCGCUACAGAAUCUCGGGCUGUUGGAAUCAACCAGCUCUUCUCUCCUCAAGUAGAUCUCGCCCGGGAACUGCGAUUUGGACGAGUCGAGGAGUGCUUCAGUGAAGAUCCUUACCUCGCUGGAGAAAUGGGUUACAGUUACGUCAAGGGCCUUCAGGCUGGAGGAGUGUCAGCUAUGGUCAAGCACUAUGCUGCGUUUGCUACACCCGAGCAAGGUAUCAACACUGCCCCUGUGCACGGUGGUGAGCGAGAGCUGCGGUCUCUCUACCUCCCCCCCUUCAAGAGAGCUAUCAUCGAUGGUGGUGCAACUUCCAUCAUGUCCUCGUACAACUCCUAUGACGGUGUCCCGGUUGUCUCAGACUCCCACCUCCUCACUGAUAUCCUUCGAGACGAAUGGGACUACAAAUACUAUGUCAUUUCUGACGCCGGUGGAACCGCUCGUCUUGCCCAAGCAUUUCACGUCUGCCCUCUUGAGGACGACGAGUGCAUUACUCUUGAGGCCCUUCCCGCUGGUAACGAUGCUGAGAUGGGUGGUGGCUACUGGAGUUUCGAGAUUAUCCCUGAGCUUGUCAAGGCUGGUAAGCUGGACGAGAAGAUCGUUGAUACAGCCGUUUCUCGAGUCCUUCGUUCCAAAUUCGAGAUGGGCCUUUUUGAGAAGCCCUUUACUGGUGUUGCCGAUGACAAGAUCUGGGAUUAUGUCAACACCAAGGCUCAUAAGAAGGUAGCCCGACAGCUCGAUGCUGAGAGUAUCGUUCUACUCGAGAAUCAUGAGAACGUUCUUCCUUUGAAGAAAGACGCCAAUAUCGCUGUUAUCGGCCCCAUGGCCCAUGGCUAUGUCAAUGUGAACAAUUACGGCGACUAUGUUAUUCAUACUGCUAUGACCAGAGGUGUCACUCCCUAUGACGGUAUCAAGGCUGCCAGCAAAGGCAAAGUCACAUUCACCCAAGGCUGCGAGCGGUGGUCCUCGGACGAAUCUAAAUUCGAAGAUGCCGUCGCUGCUGCUGAAGCCGCCGAUGUUGCUGUCGUUGUCGUCGGAACCUGGACUCGCGACCAGAAUGAGCUCUGGGGUGGCCUGAACGCCACUACCGGUGAGCAUAUCGAUGCCAGCAACCUGAACCUCAUUGGUGCCAUGCCCAAGCUCGUCAAGGCUAUCAUCGACACUGGAAAGCCCACUGUAGUUGUUUACAGCUCCGGAAAGCCUAUUACUGAGCCAUGGAUCUCUAAGGAGGCUGCUGCCCUUGUUCAACAGUUCUACCAAUCACAGGAGGGAGGCCAUGCUCUCGCGGACAUUCUCUACGGCAACGUCAAUCCCUCUGGAAAGCUUUCUGUUAGCUUCCCUUACGACGUCGGUACUACACCCAUCUACUAUGAUUACCUCAACUCUGCUCGUGCAUCUCCCAACCCGGGCAAGAUUUACGAGAACGGCACGCUCGAGUUCGGUAGCAAUUACAUCCUCGAGAACCCUGAAGCUCUUUACACAUUCGGCUACGGUCUGUCAUACAGCAAGUUUGACUUCUCCAAGAUCUCUGUCUCCAAGAAGAAUGUAACGUCAUCCGACACAGUCACAGUUUCUGUCAACGUCAGCAACAAAUCUAAGCGCGAUGGCUCCGAGGUUGUUCAGUUGUACGUCAAAGACAUGCUUUCCUCAGUCGACGUUCCCCGAUACCAGCUCAAGGGCUUCAAGAAGGUUGCUGUCAAGGCUGGUAAGACCGAAACUGUCAAGAUCGAUCUCAAGGUUGAGGAAUGGGGUCUCUGGAACCGGAAGAUGAAGUAUGUUGUUGAACCUGGAGACUUUACUGUCUUUGUAGGAAACUCCAGCGAGAAUUUUAUGGGCAAUGUGACGGUCACUGUCGCCUAACCCUAAUUAUAAUAGGGGAAGAGAUGUCACGAUAAUUAAGUAAACUUGCCGAUCCAGGCUUGUUCAAGGCU